CACGUCAGUUUUGCCUUCUCCAUAGAACCCUAAUUUCCCCUUAGACAGAAACCCUUGUGAUGCCACGUGAACCCUAGCCCCCGCCACUUUCCAACCAACCUUUCCUCCGCGUCGCAACCGUGAAGCCGCCGUGAGGACACCAUCAACGCCACCACCAACCCUGUUCCUUUUCACCCUAGCCGCCACCACAGGUUCAUCUUCUCGCGCAACCUUCCACCAAACCAGAAACCUCCAUGGAAACCCCAAACGCUACCCAACAAUGUCUCCCUUGCAGCAACCUAACCCUGCAAUACUAAAUCACGAAACAGCACCAGCCUUCAUCUUCAACCCCAAAUCGCGAUGCUCCGCAAUCACCAUCAAAGCCGCGAGCCUCCACCUUCUUGCUAACCAAUCCUGAUACCUGAAAACAGAAAAAAAAUCCCAGAAGUACCAAACAAUAAGGGAAUGAGGGUCCGAACGGUAGGGGAAUAGGAGUGAGGAGUCAGACGGUCGGGGAAUGGAGAUGAAGAACUGUUCGGCUAAGGGAAUGGAGGGUGAAAGAGCUGAACAGAUUCAUCAUGAAAGGGCAUGGAUAACAACUCUUUUCUUAAUAAUUUAUAUCCUUCUAGUUGCCGGAUGACUUGCCAAACUUUGAUGAUAUUGGCUUCUUAGAGGAUGAUGAAGAAUCAUUAAGCUCACAGGAUGACGUGGAACACUUUGGAGAUGAUGGCUUCUUAGAGGAUAAUGUGGAAUUAUUUCCCCCACAGGAUGAUGGUGAUGGUAGGAACCCUUCUGAGCAUGAUACAGAUGCUAUGAAAGGCUUUACCUUUGCUGAAGUUGGUUUUAUGCGCAAAUGCAAUAGCAAAGUUGUUUGCUGUCAUUUCUCUUCAGAUGGGAAAUUAUUAGCUAGUGCUGGACAUGACAAAAAGGUUGUUCUGUGGAACAUGGAGACACUGCAAACAGAGACAACUCCGGAGGAUCACAGUCUAAUUAUUACCGAUGUUCGCUUCAGACCGAAUUCAACUCAGCUGGCAACAUCUUCAUUUGAUAAAAUUGUUCGGUUGUGGGAUGCUGCUAAUCCAACCUUUUCUUUGCAGGCAUAUAGUGGUCAUUCUUCGCAUGUUUUGUCCCUUGAUUUUCACCCAAGGAAAAAUGAUUUUUUCUGUUCCUGUGAUGAUAUCAAUGAGAUUCGUUUCUGGAAUAUUAGCCAAUAUUCUUCCAUCAGACGUUUUAAGGGAGGAUCUACCCAGGUGAGGUUUCAGCCGAGGGUUGGUCACCUUCUGGCUGCAGGAAGUGGGAGUUCUGUGUCUCUCUUUGAUGUUGAGACUUGUAGGCCGAUGCACACAUUUCAGGGACACUCUGCAGAUGUAUCUUUCGUCUGUUGGGAUCCAAACGGAGAUUACUUUGCAUCUAUGAGUCAAGAACGUGUCAAAGUGUGGUCAAUUGCAACUGGGGAAUGCAUUCAUGAACUUAAUUUUAAUGGAAACAUAUAUCAUUCUUGUGUCUUUCACCCAAGCUACUCAACUCUCUUGGUUAUUGGAGGAUACGAGGGUAAAUGUCAGAGUGAUGAGUUUUGGGAAAAUCACAUAAAGCAAAAAUGGGGAAGAGUGAUUGGUGAUGCUGUUUACAAGGAGUGGAAAAGGCACGUAGCAAUUGCCAAGGAUGGAGUUUUGUUGAAGAAUCAACACACCAAUCAAACUGCCUCAAUGGGUUCUUUUUCUGGUGUUUGGCCUAACCUAUUUCUUGCUUCAUACUUAGAAGAUUUCAAGGUCCUCAAUGUUCAAAAAUCAAACAACUUCAUGAUGUCUUUGUAUUUCUCUCUUGAGAAUGGUAGCUUUUGGUUUCCUGCUCAGGUCUACAAGGGACUAAUGAUUCACAAUGUCUUGGUUAGCUAUGACUCACAAUCUAAUACUUUUCAAGCAAGGUAUCAAAAUGGAGGUUGGAGAUGUUUAGGGAAGAACAUUGAGUGGGAUAUGGUGAGAGCUCCCUCGGUUGAUACUCCUCCUUAUGUUGUACAUCUCUCUCAUUGUUUAGAUACAUUGAAACCAGAGGAUCAUAUUGAGAUUCAAUGGAGACCAAAUACACAAUCUCCUUAUGAUUGGUGGUAUGCUGUUAUUGGUCACUUAGACUCAUGUAAUAAAAAUUGUUGUCAAUGUGAAUACAAUGAUACAUUGAUAGUGGAGUUCAGACAAUACCCUGAAAUAUCAAACAUGAGACGAAUAAAGUUGUGUAGAAAGACGAAUGAGGAAGAAGGUCAUAGAAUUGGUGGCUACUAUGGAGGAAUCAGAAAGCUUCAGAAUCACAAUGAAAUUGAAACAUGGAAGAAGCUCUUCCCUCUUCAAAUUCAGACGCCACCUGUCUUAUAUAUGUUUCCAGUGGCAGCACACUUCCAAAUCCUCUAGAUUUUCAAGUCAAUCUCAGAAAGCUUGGGACUAAUUCCAGAAACCAUGCUGCUGAAGCUGAUUGUUGCUCAAGAAACACUACUACUGAUAUAUAAUAUAUAUAUAUAUAUAUAUA